GCACGUUUGCAUACAGAAUCUCAGGCUUGCUGUAUUACCUGCGUUAAACAUACGAUGGUAAAUACCAUUGUGAAUUCGACCAAGUGUUGGAGCUUCAGUAAAAACAACGGGAGGAAAAGAGAAUUGGUCGAUUGCCCUUUGGGCGUGGGGGGUUGCACGGCUAGUUGGCAAGAAUUGAAUGGAAAACUAAAAGAAUUCACUUAUCAAGGUUGUUUAAGGAGGCAUAAUAGCUACAACUGUUCAAGCGACCACUGUAGAACCAUCCGCUCCGCCCGUCUCAGUCCGAGUGAUUAUAAAGAAAACGCUAAAUACGCGUCACCAACUGAUGACGUCACAUUAAAGAUUUGUUGUUGCACAAAAGAUGGCUGUAACAACUUUGUGACGUCGCGGGAUACCCCAUUGAGUCGGAAAAUGAGGUUUAUGACGUCACAAACUGAAAUGACGUCACAGACUGAAGUUACGUCUUUUAUGUCAACGAGAACUACGGCAUUCGAAACAUCGUACCCGAUAUGGAUGAAUGCUGUCACUUAUUGCGUCAUAAUCACGUCAUUGUUCGCCAUCUGCUCCUACUUGUUACGUAAAGUUUUGACGUCACAGAUGUUCCAAGACAAACUAUGUCAUCAUAUUCGGCAAAAUAUCACCCGUGACGAAGUAAAAGAAGAUGCAACGCCGUUAGCUAAGUCUGUGACGUUAGAUUCCAAUUUAUCGGAAGACAAAGUUGUAUGUGACGUUACAGUGGACUUUAAAGACGUCAUUGGCAUGGGAAAAUUUGGUAUUGUGUACAAAGCCAAAGGGAAAAACCAGGAUUGCGCUUUGGAUCUUUGUUUUAAAGUUGCCCUCGAUACAUCCGAUAGCAGACGUUGCCAUGACAACGAGGUAAACAUUCACGAAUUGUUGCGCAUGCGCUGUGACGAUCGCAUUGUGACGUAUUAUGGAACGCGAAUCGUCGGUGGAAAGAAUGGAAUCAUUCUACAAUAUUCUACAAAGGGCAAUUUACGAAACUUUCUUGAUCAAAACACAAUUGGAUUAAAGAAGUGCAUCAAUAUGCUCUGUGACGUCACAAGCGCUGUUGCAUUCAUGCAUGAGAUCAAUUAUGACGGAGACAAGCCCCGUAUAGCUCAUAGAGAUAUCUGCAGUUCAAACUUCCUGGUCAACCAAGAUCUUACGUUGGUUCUUACCGACUUCGGUGUUUCUAUGGUGAUCGAUGACGUCACUGAUGACGUAACGGGAAACAUGUACGCCCAGCAUCUUACUGCUGAAGGAACCCCUUACUACGUAGCCCCUGAAGUGCUUGACCUGUCAAUCAAUCUACGUCAUCAUGGUGAAGCUCUAACGCAAGCUGACGUAUAUUCUACGUCACUCGUACUAUGGGAGAUUGUGACGCAAUGCGACGGUUUUUACGUGAAACCACCGCCACACUCGUUACCUUACCGACAUGACGUCACUACCAUACAUGACCUCAUUAAUCACGUGGUGGUGAGAAAAAAACGACCAGAUUUUCGGUUUGAUUUGAAAAGUUCGGGGUCACGUGGUACGCGUGACGUCAUCACGAACACAAUUAUCGAAUGUUGGGAUAGUGACGAAGAAUGCCGAUUGUCUGCGUCAUGUGCACGUGAUCGGAUUGAUUUUGCUUGGAAAGACGCUUGGUGACGUAGCCAAGAAUGACGCGACCAGCAAUGACGUAGUAAUCUCGAUUGAAGACGAAACCGCAGGGUUGAUAGAAACCAUCGUGUAAAACUAUAGAACGAUUUUUGUUUUAGAAAAUAGACAGUGACUUGGUUCAUCAUCAGUGUAAAAGAGGUUACUAUCCACCAAGUUACUGUCCAGACCAUGAGUUUAGUAUCGAAAUAGUAAAAUGUUCCAUAUUUGUUGUCUUACACUUGUGUAUUUAUAUCCCGUUGUGUACUAAGCUAAAUUUUCGUUUUAAAUUUGUCCCCAAAUAAAAUCCUCGAACACGAA